AUGGAUAUGCGUAGGGAUUCUUGGGAGGUGGUGGAUGAGGUUGAGGGGGAUGUUGUGGUUGUGGAGAGCAAGAGGGUUAAGUUUCCUGCAAAGCAACAUGCUCGAGCUGUCGCAAAACGCCUUGGUGUAACGGAGGGCUUAAUAUAUCUGCCUGGAAUGCCGUCACUCACCUACGAAGAUUCAGAUCAAGAAGUUUACUUUCGUCAGCGUCGAUACUUCUACUAUCUGACUGGCCUAAAUUAUCCGGACUGUGUGGUCACAUACAACAUCAAACGGGAUGGACUUUACGUCUGGAUUCCACCGCCAAACACUGGUAGGAGCGUCAUCUACAACGGAAACAAUCCAUCAAAAGAGGAUAUCAAAGCCGUAUCAGAAUUUGACUUGGUUGCUACUACUACCCAUAUUCAAGAUUACCUAACAUUCUUCGCCUCAAAAGAAAAUGGAAAGAUAUUCGUCCUCGACAAUUAUCAAACCCCAGUAAUCCCAAAUCAAAUCAACUACAAAGACGGAACCACCAUAGAGUUAAAACCACUCUUCGAUUUCACCCUUCUAAAACCAUCCAUGGAUGCAGCACGAGUCAUCAAAUCACCCUUCGAAAUCUCCAUGAUCCGCAAAGCCAACGCCAUAACAGCAGAAGCCCACAUCAACGUCCUCCGCUCCAUCCGCACGCUCGAAAACGAAGCCGAGAUCGAGGCUAUCUUUACCGCAACCUGCAUUGCAGCGCAAGCUAAAAAUCAAGCGUACGGGAUCAUAGCUGGCUCAGGUCGGAAUGCUAGUACCUUACAUUACGGCGCUAAUAACGAGUCACUUGAGGGACGCCAGCUUGUUUGUCUAGAUGCGGGUUGUGAGUGGAAGAAUUACGCUUCUGACGUUACGCGUACUUUUCCUAUUUCAGGGAAAUGGACGAAGGAGGGAAAAGAAGUCUAUAACCUCGUCGCGAAAAUGCAGGAAGAGUGUAUAGCCAUGGUUGCUCCCGGUGUGAAUUACAGAAACAUCCAGUUACACGCGCAUAAAGUGCUUGUAGCUGGACUUUUGAAGCUGGGGUUGUUGCAGGGUGGGAGUUUUGAGGAGGUGCUCAAGUCGGGGGUUUCGGUGGCUUUUUUGCCGCAUGGUCUUGGUCAUUACAUGGGUCUUGAAGUCCAUGAUAUGGGUGCUGGUGGAUAUCUACUAUCUGGUCUCUCCCGCAAUACUACACACGAAGAAGCACAAGCUGUUUUCCAUGAAAUGCUUAAUGCACCGGAAACCACCAAUCCUUCGAUUCUGGAAGUCAACAGCGUUAUAACAGUUGAACCUGGAAUUUAUUUCUCCACCUUCGCGCUCGAAGAGAUAUAUCUUCCAGACCCGGCGUACGCGAAAUACAUCAAUAAGGAUUUGUUGGAGAAGUAUUAUGAUGUGGGUGGUGUGAGGAUUGAAGAUGAUUUGUUGGUCACGGAGGAUGGGUAUGAGAAUCUGACGACGACGCCAAAGGGAGAUGAGGCGCUGAAGAUCAUUCUAGGGGAAGAAGGAGAGGAGAGUGUGAAGGGAGGGAGGAAAAACUGGUUUUGGUGA